AUGUCCUACAACUUGCCAAACCCGAGUCUAGUUGGACUUCUACUAGCAGUGAGCACUCACAAUGGCCCGCAGAUUGUAUACCACUACCCACCCGAACUCGGCAAUCAAAAACUCCUGCUUUUGAACCCAGACGAAGAAGCCGCCAAUGACGACGAUUUUGACGACGAGGACUAUGUGGAGGAUGAUUCUAAAUCAAUGAGUAGUGAAACUAGUGCCACGAAUGAUGUCGGUGCAAAGUUUCUGGAUAAAUCGAGCGAUCUUGCCGGCGUAGAUGCCGAUGCUGGUUCGACGAAACUCAAGAAGUUGAAUUCCGCGACAACAGAAGACUUCAAGUCUCGAAAAGAGACUGAUUCGUCAACCAAGGGUCAGAUAUUGGGGUUUGAGCCCGAAAUCCUCGCAGAAAUGCUCUCGCCGCCGCGAGAAAUGUGCAAUUGUAGAUUUGACAUCAUGCUAGAAUCCAUGGUGUUUUUGGGGCUUCCGAUUCAUGCGCAGCCCGAUGGAUCUUGGCGGCCUCAAAAAGCGCGCUCGUUUAGAACUGCUGCCCGUAGCGAAUCUGUGGGUCAUGGCGUAAGUGCUGGGGGCAGUGUGGGCCAUAGAGGAAGUGUAGACGACACGAUAGACGAAGAGCCUAGCGAACCAAAGUCCCAGUCUGCAUUGAGCAUGUUCAACCUUGUCUUUGUUAUGAACCCGCCCAAAAUCGAGCGUAGCUAUCGUACUGACGAGAUGUUUUACUACGUGAUACUGAAGCUCAUGUUUAUUCUACGGUACGAGCAGCACAAACGUAACUACAUGUGGGAACAAGUCAAACUCAUAUCUCAUCUAAAAGAAGAGUUUGCUGCUACGCCGCCAGAAGAUCGUGACUAUUCGCUUUCAAGCUAUUUGUUAUCUGGGCUGCUGCUAUGCAAGAUGAUGAACCAUUGCUUUGCCUCUUUGGUAGCGUCGCGUGUGGCUCAUCUUAACAUCAAUAACAAGUUGCAUUCGUUUCAGAUCCCUUUGAAGAUGGAGUUUCACUCUCUUCCUGAGGUUUCUACACCUUACGUUCCGGGCUCUUAUCUCUCUUCAACGGCGAGCUUUUUGGGAGAAACCGGUCUUGUCGCGAUCGGUGAAACUGUGCGCUAUAGUGGAAGUAGCCUCAUAGACCAAGUCCUCGGCACCGAUAUUGCUGACGAGCAAGAAGAUGAUCUGGACGAGGAUGAGUAUCUGACUAGCUCCGAUGAGUUGUUGCAUUUGGGACUACUCUUGUGGGAUGACCCCGAGACCAUCAUAAAAGAAAUCAAAGCGAAAAGCAGCUCUCCAAUUGCCACAUUCAUCCGUAUGAUACGACCAACUGAGUCGUUGUUGAAGGUUUACAGCAGGCUUGAAGAAAACUACGAGGGCAGGAAUGAUUUGAAUAUCUCAAGCGUGAGAGAAUUUGCCCUUCAUCUUGUACAUUGGAGAAAAGCAAGAAUGAUACCACCGCUCAACACCCGCGGCAUCUAUAUCAUUUCCCCCAUGGCUCCAAUUGGGUCAAGAUUUAAAAGAGACAUCGCCAAGUUCAAUCUGCACUUCCCAACAAUUCCAUCGCUUCCGCUGUUCCUCAAAUCUCUCUCCACGAGAUCCAAGAAACCCCGCCAGUUUGCCACUAUCAUCCCAUCAAAAGACCACAAAGAUAUCUAUCUUCUGGCUUUAGCCUGGCUUGUCCGAUAUGGAUAUGCCACCCAACUCCACACAUACAUUUGGCUCAAAGUCUCUAGGAAAAUCAAAAUGAAGGUCGAAGAGGAGUUGGAAAUGGAGCUAGGCAAAGUGCUCAAACGAGGCAGCAAAAGCUAUCAAAAUAAUAGCGAAGCUUCAGUAACUGAGAACAAAAUCCAGACUGCGGUAGACAACUCGUCCAAGCAAGCUGGUGCUGCCAGUGCUGAGACGAUCGAGGAUGAGAUCGACAAAUUACAAAGAAGGCUCGAGAAUGCCCAGAAUGCUCCUGAUAUUGUAAUGGAAGACGAUAGCGACACUAUAUUGGUAGAUCCAGGCAGAGCGUCCAAUAUGGAACGAAGAUGGAUCAAUCAAAUAAUCCACAAGGAAUGUGAACUUUCGCCGGAACUCACAGCUGUAUUCUAUAAGUUGUUGAAGUACAUGAACGGCAGGAACUCUUUGGAACUAUUAUUACUGAAAGAAAACAUCACUAGAGCAGAGCUCCGGAAGCUUCUACUCUCUAUAGAAAGCCAUGUCAUCUCCGUUAGACACUGGUAA